AUGACUUUAACUAUGACUACAAAACUUAGCGAAUGCCAAGCAGAAACAGUGCAAUUUGUGCCAAUUGAAAAAGUAGAUAAUGAAUGCAGAACUGAGAAAGUAUGUGCAGGCACUUGCAUGCUCCGGAGAGGCAAGAAACUGGAAGACAACAAUAACCUGACCAAAGAAGAAGAGGAAUAUAUAAAUUAUAGGAAAUUGCUCAAAUAUGAAGAAGCACCAGAUUAUAUUAAACAUAAUCCCUAUAUUAGAGAUGGCUAUAGGAAAUUUUUACCAACCAGGCUGUGUUGGGAAAGCAUAUUCUGGUGGACGAACGAGACUAUGAAUAUAUGGACGCACAUAUUCGGCUUCUUCUUGCUGUUGUUCCUCACAAUCAACGACUUGGUGAUCAUAAACAUCCACGCGACAGUGACAGAUAAAGUUGUCGCGGGAAUAUUGUUUUCAUGUUUCAUGAUAUGCAUGGCGUUGUCAGCACUCUACCACACGUUUUCGUGUCGAUCGGAGUAUGAUUACAACACGUUCCUCAUGUACGAUCUCUUCGGCAUCGCGCUCUCAUUGCUAGCUAUCUACACUUCCGGCGUGUAUUAUGCGUUCUGGUGUAAUUAUGAGCUAAAAGUGUUUUACAUGACGUCAGUGACACUAAUCUUCGUAGUGGCGAUGGUGAUGCAGAUCCCAUGGCUAGGCGUACCUUACCUCGUGAAGAUGUGCGUGUUCAUCGCGUGGGCAGCCUACGGAGUGUUGCCCACGCUGCACUGGAGUUAUGUCAUGGGUGGUUUUGAAAAUCCUAUGGUCCAGAUGUUCUUCCCUAGAGUGAUAGGGAUGUACGUCAUCAGCGGGACCGCAUUUGCGAUUUACGCAUUUAAGAUACCAGAACGUUGGUUUCCGGGUAAAGUGGAUUACAUCGGCCACUCUCAUCAGUGGUGGCACAUCCUGGUCCUGGGCGCCCUCUACUACUGGCACAACUCAGGGAUGAUGUACGUCCAGUACCGCAUGAACCACGGCUGCGCUAACACUAUGCGAAUAUUUUAA